AUGGAAGCUGUCAGGGACGAUGGGCAUUGUAGUCCCGACACAUCAAGGCUCGUCUCCUCCGCGCUGCUCGGCGCCUGCUCCUCGUCCCCGUGCCGGGACGGCGGCACCUGCGUAGAGUUGCCGGGUGGCUACCGGUGCCUCUGCCCGCCGGGCCUGCCCGCCGCCGACGAGGGGAAAGACUGCGGGGACCCGCCGCACCACCCGUGCGCCGCGCACCCCUGCCCGCCGGAGUGGCUCUGCGGCGGGAUAGCCGGACACUUGAACUACACAUGCCACUGCCCGCCGGGUCUCUCCUGCAGCCUCGACGGAACGGCGUGCCAAAGCAACCCUUGCCCGCAGUGCGUGGAGGUGCCCGGCGGUUACGGCUGCCUCGCCGCGCCGGCCCUGUGCGCCAGCCGGCCGUGCCGCAACAACGGCACCUGCGCCGAGAGCGCCGGCGGUUACGGUUGCCUGUGCCGGCCCGGCUACCGCGGCGUCCGCUGCGAGGAGGAGGAGGAGGAUGCGGGCGGUUGCGCCACGAGCCCGUGCCAAAACGGCGCCAUCUGCCUGGACGGGGCGGAGGGCUACAGAUGUUUCUGCGUGCCCGGCUUCCAGGGCCACCGCUGCGAGAUGGACAUCGACGAGUGCGCCUCACGCCCGUGCCGAAACAACGGGUCGUGCCUCAACCUGAUGGACCACUACGCUUGCCGCUGCCCGCUGGGCUACACAGGUGCGAAUUGCGAGACGGAUGUUGACGAGUGCCUGUCGGGACCGUGCCGGAACGGCGGCACCUGCGUCGACCGCGUCGGCUACUUCACCUGCACGUGCGGACCCGGGUUCGAGGGAGAGCGGUGCCAGGUCGACGUCGACGAGUGCCAGAGCAACCCGUGUCUCAACGAGGGGAGGUGCCUGGACCUCGUCGACGGCUACCAGUGCGACUGCCGCGACACCGGGUUUGAGGGCCGCCGCUGCGAGGUGGAGAUCUUGGAAUGUGCCUCCCAGCCUUGCCAGAACGGCGGGACCUGCCUGGAAGGGGUUGGGUCCUACAGCUGCGCUUGUUGGCCAGGAUACGUCGGGGAGCACUGCGAGGUCGACGUGGACGAAUGCGCCGCGGCGCCCUGCCUCAACGGGGGGCGGUGCUUUGAACGGUCCAAUCAGAGCUUCUACGGGGAUCGCGCAGAUUUCCCCCCGCACUUCAGCUACCAGGAAGCUGCCGGGUUCAUUUGCAGGUGCCAGCCGGGCUUUGAGGGAGAGGAUUGCUCCGUCGACGUCGACGAAUGCGCGUCGCAGCCGUGUCGGAACGGAGGGAGCUGUGCGGAUCUGACGAACGGCUAUCGGUGUCACUGUCCGAACGGCUACACAGCUCGCCGUGUUCCCAAUGGUCCUCCGCGAUCCUUUACGGGUGGAAACGUCCUCGGCUAG